AUGGUCCUGACCGCCAACCACGCUAUCUACGACCCCACGAAGGUCCUGAAGGACCCCAAGUUCCGCGUCGUGCCCCCCGGGGAAAAGACGCCGAAGGAUGCGAACAUCGCGGCGUUCUACAAUCCUCAGCAUGAGGUGCACCUCGUCGAAAAGCCUAAGCCCUCGCCGGGCCCUGGGCAGGUCCUCAUCCACGUCCGCGCGACGGGCAUCUGCGGGAGCGACGUCCACUUCUGGAAGCAUGGCGGUAUUGGCGACAUGAUCGUCACUGACGAGUGCGGGUCGGGCCACGAGUCUGCGGGCGAGGUUAUCGAGGUCGGUGAGGGUGUGACGGAGCUGAAGGUUGGCGAUCGUGUCGCGCUCGAAGUCGGCAUUCCGUGUUCGCAGCCGAACUGCGAGGCCUGCCGUACUGGGAAGUACAACGCCUGCCCUGAUGUGAUCUUCUGCUCUACUCCUCCUUACCACGGCACCCUUACCCGCUAUCACGUCCAUCCCGCACAAUGGUGCCAUAAGCUGCCCGAUAACAUGUCAUACGAGGAGGGCGCGCUCUGUGAGCCUCUUGCGGUCGUGACUGGAGGUGUCGAGAAAGCAGGCGUCGGUUUGGGUGACCCCGUCUUGGUCACCGGCGCUGGUCCCAUCGGUCUCGUCGCCCUUCUAUGCGCUCGCGCAGCCGGUGCCGAGCCCCUCGUCAUCACCGACCUCUUCCAAAGCCGCCUCGACUUCGCCAAGAAACUCGUCCCGAACGCGCGCACCAUCCUCAUCGACCCGAAAGACACGCCGAAGCAGAACGCAGAGCGCAUCAAGGCCGCCGCGGGCAUGCCGAUCAAGGUGACACUCGAGUGCACGGGCGUUGAGACGAGCAUCCACUCGGCGAUCUUUGCGACGAAGUUCGGGGGAAAGGUGUUCAUCAUCGGCGUUGGGAGGGCUGAGCAGAAGUUCCCCUUCAUGCACCUGAGCGCGAACGAGAUUGACCUCGGAUUCCUGUACCGCUAUGCGAACCAGUACCCAAAGGCCAUCCGUCUCAUUGCUGGAGGGAUCGUCGACCUCAAGCCGCUUGUCACCCAUCGCUUCCCUCUUGAGGACGCCAUCGCGGCGUUCCAGACAGCCUCUGACCCGACGCAAGGCGCGAUCAAGGUGCAGAUCCGGGACGAAUGA